AUGUUCUGUUACCACUGUCCCAUCGGCAGCCUGGGCCCAAGACCUCCUCCUCUGCCUUUCUCUGUUUACUCUCCGGGAUCUCCAUAUGGGAGCUAUGGAUACCAGUCGGAACUGCACGAAGAAGCUUUCGUGCGGAGGAAGCAGCGAAGGAACCGGACGACCUUCACCGUCCAGCAGCUGGAGGAGCUCGAGAAAGCCUUCGCUCAGACGCACUACCCGGACGUGUUCACGCGCGAAGACCUGGCCAUGAAGAUCAACCUGACCGAAGCCAGAGUGCAAGUGUGGUUCCAAAACCGGCGGGCCAAGUGGCGCAAGGCGGAGCGACUGCGGAAAGAACGCGAAGAGAAGGACCGCUCCAGCGACGGCGCUGCCGGAGCCACGUCCUCGGCCGACGGCGGGGGAGAUGCCGGUGCCGACGGGUCCUCCAGGAGUCCGAGGGCGUCCUCGGGAGAAGGCGGCAAGCAGGGGACCCUCUCGAGCGCGACGCUGACCGACGACGACGACGACGACGAGGGCUCCCGGGCGUCGGCGCAGUCCGAGACCCAGGCUGCGUCGUCGACGACGGGCCCGACGUCCUCCGGCCUGGACGGCCGCCUCGAGACCUCCCGGGCGGACCCGUCGAGGCGCGACGGCCCGCUGUCGGCGCCCCACGAGGGCCCCCUGCUGGGCCCCCGAGCCCUGCCGCCGCUGCUGGGGCCUCCGCUGCCCCUGGGCGCCUCCAGGAUGGGCGCCUCGCCGGCGGACCACCCCUUCUUCCGGGACGCCCUGUCGUCGUUCGCGGCCGCCGCGGCCGCCUCCCUGCCGCUGCGAGGCAUGCACCAGCACCAGCUCUUCUCGGCCUUCGCAGACGCGUGA